UCAGUUAGCAGCAACUAGCAAACAUGUGCGCUCGCGGAGGGAAAAAUCAGCUCUGAUUAACGUCGUAGUAUAGCGAAUUGGAGCGAGGACGAGGUGAAAAUGGAAAAUGGCGUUCCUGCACCAGCAAAUACCCUCCCGUUCCCGUAAACGACCCUCCUCCUCCGUCUCCGAUUUAUCCAAACCGCAAGACGAAGACGUGAUGGACAAGAUGGUGAAGAUUCUGGCCGAGGCUGGCUGUACGCUGCUGAAUCCGUCAGGAUCGCCAUCUCUCCCUUCCGAUCUCCAAAAAUUCCGCCGCCAUCUUACGCAUCUCUUUUCUCCUUGUUCCAGUAACAACGCCACAGCCCUCCGCUCCGAUUUUGUUUCUGGCUUCGCUUCUUACAUUGAAACUCCCGGCAAUCUUCACAGGGUUCUGACGCCUUGGACUGGCGACAGAAGCGAGAGUUUAGUUCGAAAUCUCCUGCUAGUGGCGCCUAUCCAGCUGGACCUCCAGAACAUCCUUCUCGAAAAGCUUCCCGAGUUCUUCGACAUUGUUCCAGAGACUUCACUUGAGGAUGACGUCACUAGGCUCAUUAUCAACCAUUUCCGGUGGCUUGAUUUCGUGGUUGAUCCCGUUGCCUUCAGUGAGAGACUAAUGCAGGUCCUUUCCAUUUGCCCUCUAUACUUAAAGAAAGAGAUCAUUGGCUCGUUGCCGGAGAUUAUUGGAGAUCAUAAUAACAAGUCCCUCAUUGAUUCUCUCGAGAGAAUGCUUCAAGAGGAUUCCGCCAUCACUGUGCCUGUGCUUGACUCUUUAUCUAGCAUUAAUUUGGACGCUCAAUCGCAGGAUCAGGUAAUCACUAUUGCAUUAUCGUGCAUUAGAACAAUUGACGCUGAGCAGCUGCCAUAUCUACUUCGAUUUUUGAUGCUCUCGGCAACGCCUGCAAAUGUUCCGAGAGUAAUCUCGCAGAUCCGUGAGCAGUUAAAAUUUGUUGGAAUAUCAUCUUCUCGUGCAACUCAGAGGAAACUCAAAGGAAAAUCACCUAUAAAAAAUACGGAGGCUUCUGUCUUGGAUGCUUUGGGAUCAAGUCUUCGGUUUAAGAACUUACUCUGUCAAGAGAUUCUGAAACAACUGAACAAUCUCGAUAAGCCUCGGGAUCACAAGGUCAUUGACAUAUGGCUGCUUAUGCUCAUGUACAUGAAAGGGGAGCCCCUACGAAGAACCAUUGAGAAGACAUUCAAGAAGAAAAUUGUGCAAGAAUGUAUUCAGGAAAUCAUGGUUGAUCAGUGCAUAUGUGGGAACAAGGAACUUGUCCAGGAUUAUUUUUCAUCAUUUCUUUCCUUGGCUGAGUUCUUGUUGGGAUGCAAAGAGCAAAAGGCAAGGGCUUUUGGCAGUCACCUCUAUACUUCCCUGUUUGAGGAGUUUGUUGGUACUUAUUCAAGACAAGAAAUACUUGGUUCAUUAGUUACUCAUGUAGGAUCAGGUGUUAACUUUGAAGUGAGUUCUGCGUUGGAAACCAUGACUCUGCUUUCUACCAAAUAUGCACAAGAAUUGUUCCAAUUUUCUUCUCAUAUAUCUGGUAUCUUGGACUACUUGGAGGGUUUUAGUGUUGAAAAUCUGCAUAAGGUUUACGAAGUUUUCAGCCCCCUGACGCUGUCAGCUCAGACUAGUCCAGACUGUUUUCGGUCUUCUAUUGCAAAUGAACUUCUGAUGAUAGUGAGGAAGCAGGUCAGCCAUCCCGAUUUGAAAUACAAAAAGAUGGGCUUAAUUGGAACUAUAAAGAUAGUUUCAUGUCUUGCAGAUGCAAGCAAUGUUACUCAGUCAUCUCAUUCUAAGGAACUGAAUUGUAAGGAGGCCUUGGAACUCUUGAAAACAUCACUAGACUCAUGUAGACAGCUGUGCUUACCAUUAACCCUCUUCUAUGACGAACUGACUGCACUUUUGGAUCAUAAAACACUUCAGCCAGAGAUUACAGAAUGGAUUGCCAAGCAUGCAGGAGAGUUUGAAUCCAUAUUUCUAUCUGAUCUUGAAGGUGGGAAGCUGGGAAAUGAGGGCUCAUAUUGUGGGUUAGAUGGGGAACUGUGGAUGAAUUUGGAUGGUGCUAUCUCCCCUGUUUGUUUGAACAUUCUGCCAUUAGCUUGCACCUCCAUGCAAUCCGCUUCUUCUUUGCAGAUUCUGCCUUCUAUUUUUCUUUUACUAUCCACUCUUGAAAAGUUCAGAAAUCAGGGUUCCCUUGCAGGAAUCGAUGCCCUACUUGGCUGCCCUUUGCAUCUUCCUUCCUCUAAGUACUUCUCUGUAGCUGGUUGGCAAUCUCUGACAGGCAAACAGAAGCAGAUCGUGUGCAUCUCUCUAUUUUAUGCGGCAAACUGGAUGCGGGAACUUCUCAAUGCCUUCAGCUCCCAAGUUUCUGGAAGGUUUUUAUGUGUUACUCAGACUACGAAGGAAGACAUAAUUACAAAGCUACUAAAGCGACUGGGGAACCUAGUAUUUCUCGAAAGCUUGUUAAACAGUUUGAUCAAAGAUUGCCCACUAUCUCUACCUGAGCUACAUCUUUGCGUUGAACAUUCUGGAUCCACUAUCUUAAGCCAGAAUAAUUAUAUGGGGCAUUUGGAGAAGAAGAAUUUGAAAAGUAAAGCAUGUGAUGGUAGCACCCCAAGCAUGAGGAAAUGUAAGAUCCCGAAAGCAUCAAAGAGUGCGGAUGCAAGUGGAAAACUCAAGCAGCCAACAAUAUUGGAUAUGUUGGGGAAAGCAGGAGCAACCAGCCAAAAGGACCAAAAUGUGGACUCUUCUAUCUUACCUUCUAAGUACAGGACAAUAGAGUUAGAAGAACAAAGUUCUUGUGACUCUAAUGAGCCAAUACUUGUAGAAGUUCUAAUGGUUACCCAGGCUCUGGAAGCCCAAAGAUAUAAAUUCAGGCCUCUUCUGGCUGAAUGCUUUUCCAUUUUGACACUUUCAAAGGAUCAAGACUUUCAUUGCUCUGAUCUCACUGCUAUGUUACCCCUACAACUGUACCUUCUGCGUGAUCUACACUACAAGCUGGAUAGUUUUGCAUCCACACGGGAACAAUGCACUGCCAGAGACUUGACUGCUCCUGCUAGUUUCAGCAGGAUGACAGUAGAUGAUUUUCUCUGUGAAAUUAAACCACUUUUUCCGAAUCUUAAACAUCUUUUGAGCAGUGCGAUUCACACUCUUAAAGAAGGUGAUGGAACUUGUCAAGAAAAUUGGAAACUUCAGUCUGUUGGUGCUAGUAACCCAAGCAUGCCUAGCAUGGUGAUUUCAGAAUCUUCAGUUUCUGCCAUGGUUUUUAAAGAAGUACUUAACUGUUUCAGUAAGAUGCUAAACCUUCGUGAAAUUCAAAUGGACGAAUCAGUUCUUUCAAAUCUCCUUGAAGCUUUCCAACCCCUUAACUUGUCAGAUGCCCGCUUUUCAGGCAUACAAGUAAUCCCUUCACCUGGGACAACAGAAUAUCUGUAUCUUGGUGCCUGUUCUUUCUUAGAAGAUGUCUUAAACAUUGCAUGUUCUUUGUCCUUCAUGUUGGCCUCAGAAUGUCUGGUUGCUCUAGAGUCAGUGGCAACUACAGCUAAUAAGUUCCUUGCUAAGGAGGAAAAUGGUAAAAAAACAUGUUCUAAGUCACUGGAGGGUCUCCUUCCUAUCUUUCGUCGGAAGCUCAGGACUUCUGCCCAGAGGCUCUUGGAGCAAAAUUGGAGUGAUGAAAGUCUUGAGAAUGGCUGGAAGAACAAGGGAGAACUUGUACAGAAGACAUUGCAAAUUUACUUGCAAACUGCUGAAUCCACUUCAGACGUACUAGAUGAGCUCACCUGCUCCAUUUUACCUCAGAUGUCUGCAUCUACUUCCAUUGUAGAAGAUGAUCAUCAUAGCUUCCCAGCUCUCUGUCCUGCAACAUUUGUUGUCUGGUACCGGGUAUUGCAUGAAGUGAACCUUACAAUUCUCAACAAACAGGUAAAGGAACUCUGCUUAGAGAAACGGCAAGCUGGUGGUCAAUCCAGCACCGUAGAAACACAUCUGAUCAACAUACAUAAAACUGUUAACGUCGUGGUAUCAUUAGUUAAUAUGUGCAGGACUCAUGACAAGGUCACUGUUCAUGCCAUGGCUGUCAAGUAUGGAGGGAAAUUUGUUGAUUCCUUCCUGAAAGUUUUUUAUUUCUUCCAGGCCCACUUCCAAAGUCACAAUGAAGUUGCAAUUCAGCUGGUCAAAGAGCUUCAAAAAGCAACAAGGACAAUGCAGACCCUAUGUUCUGAAGCAAAGGGCUCGAAACAAACUGUUAUUACUAGCAAAGUUCCUGCUACUAAGAGAUCUUUGGAACGUUUUCUGUUCCGUGUCAAGGCUCUUCUCCAUACAACAUCAAGUGGUUGCAGUUUUUGGAUGGGUAAUCUAAAACAUAAGGAUCUAACCGGUCAAGUAGUAAGCUCUCAGGCAUAUGUAGAUAACCAAAAUGAUGACGUCAAUGACGAUCCAGCAGGAGCUAUUGAUGAGAAUGAAUCUGCUAGUGUAGCUAGUGAGGACAGAUAACAGGGCAUUGAGUUUUUGUAUUUAUCAAAAGGUACUGAGAACUGAAAUGAUCACUUCAUCAGUCUGGACAUCAAGGAGUUUGUAAUGCCUUUUUUUUUUCUAACGAUGACUGUUA